UCAAAACUAUAGAAUUUCUGGAAUUAAACACUUGUUUACCUUUUUAAUUUUUUAGUUCACCGGUUAAAUAAAGUAUUAUAUCAAUCUUAUAUUGUUACUUCUACAAGGCAAUAAUGCCAGCUGCAGCUGCUUAUUCACUUUUAAACAAAAAAGAAAAUGCCCACGAUGAUCCCAUUUAUUGCUGUUUCGUCACGAGUAUUAAGACGAAGGACGAUACCAAAAAUGCCUCAGAAGAAUACUUAGUCACAGGAGGGCUCGAUAGUCUUGUGAAAGUGUGGAGCUACAAAAAUAACAGGCUAGAUAUUCUUCACACCUUAGAGGGCCACUGUAUGGCUGUUGUCUCUGUUGCUGUCAGUCCAGAUGGCCAUAUAAUAGCAUCAGCGUCAUUAGAUUCAACAUUAAUGAUCUGGGAAUUGACAAGCGGUAACAAGAUCAAUGAAAUAAAAACAAAUGCAACGGAUGUUUGGAAUGUGUCAUUUUCACCGGAUGGUACACAUGUUGUGUCUGGCAGUCAAAGCGGCAAGCUUGUUGUAUACAAUAUAGUCACUAACACUGUAGAAAGAGUGUUGGAUUCGAGAGGGAAAUUCGCAUUGACUGUGGCUUGGAGUAUUGAUGGUAAAAGUGUAGCGUGUGGUUCCGUGGAUGGAACCGUGUAUGUUUUCGACGUGUCUCAAGGAAAGCUUUCGCACACAUUUAAUGCACACACACAGACCGUCAGAAGCGUAGACUUUUCGCCCAAUUCCAAGCUAUUGGUCACUGGCUCCAAUGACGGACUUGUCAAAGUUUUUGAUGUUGCGAAUGAAAACCAUCAAAGCAGUUUGAAACUCAAUUCGUGGGUUUUGAGCGUUUGUUUCUCCGGCGACGGCUCGCGGGUCGCCGUCGCGACGGCCGACGGUUGCGUGACCGUCGCCCUGCUGAAGGAACUGAAAGUGUUGAAGACGUUUCAGGAACACAACGAAACAGUAUGCGAUCUCAAGUUUAAUGCAAGCAGUAAUAAAUUAUUUUCAGUGUCGAAAGACAAGUCGAUAAAUAUUUAUGAAUGUCCAAUUCCAACCAAGUGUGAUAAAAAGUAAUAUAUUUAUAAUAAAUGUUUUUAUAAUAAAAAUACGACUUAAUAAAACAUUUAUAAUCUGUGAGAACUUAAUUGUUAAUUAUUUUGUAAUAAAAAUCCUUUAAGUGAU